AGCACAGAUAUUUCUUUUUCAACUUUUUGUGAGAUCACCCCGUGAGGUCAUGAAGCAGUCACAAAUUAUUUGCGUUUGGAGUAAAAACUAUUUGUGGGUUGAAUCAGUUAGGGUCGAACUUGAAAGUAACGGUGUAGCAAACAUAGGCCUACGUAUUAUUAUCCAGUCAACUGCACAACGACAAAAUCCUGGGUUUGUUAACCUUCUAAAAAUAGGGUCUAUAUCUAUACCUCUUUAGUUCAGAGAAAGUAGUGUUAUGGGUUUCUUUCCUUUUAUUCAAUUCCAGAUGAUAUUCAUUUCAAGAAACGUGGUUGAUUUUAUUAUUUUAAUUCAUAACGGAAGGUAAAUUUUUUAUUGUGUCAAUUUACAUUCUGGAAACGAUCAAAGACUACCCAAGUCACAGAACCCAAUACAAUCCACAGCUAUAUUAGUUAUAGGCCUAUUAGGUGCUCUAUGUAAUGGUAUUAAGCCUGUGACUGAUAAUGACGACUGCGUGAAUUUCAAAACUAGAUUUUGAAUAUAAGAGUUUUUAAUGUUUUGUUCAUUGAGCCUUUAACAUCUAUAUACAUGUAUGUUGAAACAUUUCUAAUUUGUUCACUUUGUCCAUGUAUGUCCAAGAGUGGAAAUGAGCUCUAAACACGAGCUGAACGCAACAGUGAAGACAUGGAUAAUGACAACACUGACAGUCACCAUAAUGUCCAUGAGACACGGACAGAUUAAAGAUAACGACGUCGCCCAUCCCAAAGGCCAUCUCAGAUCCUUCGGCAGCAGCGGAACUAUCAGACUGGUGAACUUUACUUCAGGGUUCCCCGAGACCCGACCCUUCCUGGAGGAUUACAUCAUCUCAUCGGAACCGUUGCUCAUGAGAGGAGCCCAGGCAUUGUUCGCAGCCUAUGACAAAUGGACUGACGAAUACCUCGCCCACACAGUUACUCAAGGCGAUGCCGCGUUUGUCUGGUGCGAGACCCAGAAAAAGGAAGCAAGGAGCUUGCCGCCAAAAUUCAUGAGUUUUUCUCGGUUCCUGAAGAUCUAUAAUGUCUCCGAUUUAUACGUCGUCGACACAGUUCCUGAAGUGCUGGCCCAUGAUGUAGUACUACCUUGCCCAUUACAGUGUCCGGCUCUGAAGCUAGCUGUGGACACUUCCUUUCUUUGGUUUAGCAGCGGUGGCACCAAGUCUGUGGUUCACGUGGACAGUUACGAAAACAUUCUGUGUGUGCUGAGGGGGAGCAAGACGGUGACCAUGGUUAGCACUGCAGGUGGCCUGGACAAGUUUCCCUUCCAACCCGAUGGAUCGAUAGAGAUAGACGUGGAAAAAGUGGAUCUACACAAGUUUUCUGUGUUUGCGGAAGUGGAGUUUGUGGUGGCCCACUUGUCUGUUGGAGACUGUCUCUAUAUCCCAACGCACUGGAUACACCAGGUCAACUCUUCGGGCAGCAACAUCGCUGUGAAUGUCUGGUGGGGCCGUGAACCCAGUGUGAGGGUAGCCGAAACCGGUGCGUGUCACGACCACGUGACCUGUGACCCCUCCCUGACGCUAGAUACGGUCACAUGGCCCUGGUCUGGAGAUGAUGCCUUAGACGGAACUUGUCAGGCAGUGUCAAUUAACGAUGAUGUUUGUUAUCAAGAAACAUUAUUUAGAGGAAUGUAUUAGUUUAAUUUUAUCUUUUCAGUAGCUAACAUCAAAGACCGUGUUGUGGAGUAUCUUUGCCAAGGAGGUUACAGUUUUCUUAUAAGGUCCUUGAUCUUUGCUAACAGCAUGCGUGCUUGACACCAAAGACUAACUGCUCACUUUCCAAAAUUGAUUCGAUGUCACGUAGGCCUACUGGUAUAAAAUUAUUUUGUGAAAUACGA